CUCCACAAUGACAGGUGUUUCUCCUAGAUAACUCAGUGGGUCAAGAAACUGAGUUUAACCGAUCUUUUUUCGCUCUAUUUGAGCGAAGGGAUGCCAUGCCUCCAAUCGGAAUCGCUGGAGUCCAUGGAUCCUGAUAGAACGACGCCCGGGCCAUCCUCUGCCGCUGGGACAGAGGAGUCUUUCCGCAGGGAAACAGUGACAGCGCCGCUGACGGUGAAGGACGUGAGCUGGUUCUUCUCACCGCUGUGGAACCCUCGGUCCAAAACGCGCAGCACGAGGUUUAAAGACGGUGUGAAAAGCAACCAAGUGGAGGCAUGGCUGGAUGACCACUCCGACUUCACGAGAGCGUACUUUUUGCGCAGGGCUUCCGCGGUGAGCGGUCCACAGGCAGAAUCUCCACUGCCCAGGGUUCUCAGGAACAGCUCUGACCAAUCGGACCUGCUCAGGAAGGGUCAUCAUCAUCUCAGACCUUCCUCUCCAAUAACCAGCUCACACAUGUCACCUUUGAUGUACAGGCUUGUACCCCUUAGCUCCGAUGUCAGUGCCUCCCCUGAUUGCAUCGAUCGCUUCAGUCCAGAUGUGUGUGUCAGUCGCUGCCCUUGCUCUCCACGCUCUCCUCGUUCUCCAUUCUCUCCUCAUUCCUCACGCUUUUCUUUUCUUCCCUGCCAACCUCUUUCUCCCAUUUGCCCUUCCUCCCCUGAUUUACCCCUCUCCCCUCAUCCAUUGCACCCCAGUGCUACACAUUCUACUCUCUGUGGCCAUGGUGAAUACUGCCCAUGGAUGAUGGAGCUCCUGAGAGGCGGUCUCAGCUGGAUGGGUUCUGUAGUAGAGCUCUGCCAGGGGGCUGUCCUACACACCGGGGAACUGCUGGCAGCCGAGUGUUGCUCCCUCUCUCUCGUAAAGAAGGACUGUGGUGGAAGAAGCACCUUGGAGGAGGUGGUUGCCCCAACAGCUUUGGGGUGCUUGAGUGAAGGCAACCUCUACAGCCACGCACACCUGGAAUUGGUGAAGGGUAUCAUGGGAUGUGCAUUGGCCACAGGAUCACCAAUGAACCUGAGAGAUGUGUCAGGGGACCCCAGGUUUGACUUGGAUGACGAUCAAUCAUUAAAGAUCAGGACUGUUUUGAGUGUUCCCAUCAAGAACCACAGGGGAGAGGUGGUCGGUGUAGCAGUAAUGAUCAACAAGACAAAUUGCUGCAAUGGAUCAGUUUCUGCUUUUACCAAUAUGGAUGAAAAGGUGCUGUCAAAUCAUAUGGAUGUUUUGGGGCUGUUCCUGGAUAAUGUCCAGCUGUAUGAAAGUUCAAGACAGGAAGCCAAGCGCAGUCAGGCCUUGAUAGAGAUGGCCCAGGUGUUGUCAAAGACGCACUGUUCCUUUGAAGUUCUGCUGAGUAAGAUGGCUUCCACAAUCAUGCCCUUCACACAUGCUCAGUACUGCACCAUCUUCAUCCCCAGGAAGCAAACCCCAGUUGAAAACGAGCAGGUUUCAUUCUCCAAUGUGAUUCACCUGGAGUGUGAGGAGCUUGGGUCAAGCUGCCAGAUCUACAGAAGGGAGCAUGACAUCAGUGAUAUAGACCAAUCCUAUGCCCUUCAAACUCUGGUAGCUAUGGAAACAUUAAAAAUGUCACAGAUUUCUGAGGAAACAAUCACAAGUCUGGUUUGCUGCCCUGUCAGAAAUGAGAGGUCUGAAAAUGUUAUUGCGGUGUGCCAGCUGAUGAAGAAAUGGAGCAAAGACUCUGAUGAUAUGGAAGCUUUUAACAGAUAUGAUGAGCGCUUAUUAGAGGACUUGGCAGUGUACUGCGGCCUAGCUCUGCAGUAUGCUCAGGCUGUGAUGAUCACUGAAGAGCGCAGGGCCAGUAUAGAGGUCACACAGGAGGUUCUUGCCUACCACAUCACUGCAGCAGAGCAAGAAAUCCAAGCAUUGCAGGAGGCCAGCAUUCCUUCUGUUGAAUCGUUGCAUAUGCUAGACUUCCAUUUCUCUGAGUUUGGUCUGCCAGAAGACCGGAGCACUCAGGCCACCAUUCGUAUGUUCCUGGACCUUAAUUUGGUGCAGGAUUUUAACAUUGAAUACAAGAGUCUCUGUCAGUGGGUGCUGUCUGUGAGACGUGGUUACAGGAACAAUGUGCCUUAUCACAACUGGAACCAUGCACUGAGCACUGCUCAAAGCAUGUUUGCUAUUCUCAUGGCCACAGACCAACUCAUGACUAUUUUUUCCCGUCUGGAGAUCUUAGCACUGAUGAUUGCAACUCUGAAUCAUGAUAUUGACCACAGAGGAGUCAAUAACUCAUACAUAGAAAGGACCCAACAGCCUUUAGCUCAGCUGUACGGACACUCUUCUCUGGAAAACCACCACUACAACCUGUGCAUCUUCAUCCUAAACAACACUGGGAGUCAGAUCCUCAGUGGCCUUUCUGCAGAAGACCACAGAGCUGUACUACACAUGCUCAAAAGGGCCAUCCUUGCAACUGACCUGAAUGUCUACAUGGAGAGAAGAACAGAGUUCUUCACUCUUGCCAAAAAAAGCAGAGUGAACUGGAAGAGCGAGAAAAAAAAAGACUUACUGAGGUCGAUGUUGAUGACAGCUAGUGACCUCUCUGCUAUUACGAAGCCUUGGCCUGAACAAAAGAGGAUUGCCAACUUGGUUACCAUGGAGUUCUUUGCACAAGGAGACAAAGAGAAACAAGAGUUUAAAAUCAAACCCAUUGACAUUAUGAACAGGGAAAACAUCCCUCGACUGCCAUACAUGCAAGUUGAAUACAUUGAUGACAUCUGCUACCCACUAUACAAGGCUGUAUCAAGGCUGUUUGACACCUGCUCCCCACUGCUGGAUGGUUGUAAGAAGAACAGAGAAAACUGGAUGCAUCUGGCUAUGGAAGCACAGGAUGAAGACAUUGAAAACAGUAAAUGUGUAAUGCUGACGACACAGACAGAGGAAUAGAAGACUGAAGACAAUGAAGAUAAAAAGGAAAUGUACCUACAUGUCUGUUCUCCUUCCCCUCUUGGACACCUCUUGACCAAUUAUCAGCUUAGUGCCACAUCACAAAUGUGUUUUUAAACACUUGGCCAAUGUAUAGCAAGUCCUAUAUCAAACCUAUCAGGAGUUCCCUGUCUAAUAAAUUACAUUGAUAUCAUUGAAGCAACACAAGCUGAGAAAAUAGCUUAAUAACAUACAUACCAUUUGCAUUUGUUUGUCAGACUACUGCCAUGUUAAACAUUAGUGUAUAGUUGCAAACCUUAUCUCCUCAUCUUUUGGCCUAGUAGUCAAAUAUUACAACUCUCUGUGGCUUCAAACGAUGAUCUUUAAGUGCUUUGUGUUACCCUGUAGGACCAGUGUUGUCUAAGAGCCUUAAAUAAAUGAAUUUUCACUGAUAAGUAUGUGGGUCAUUCCAGAAUUGGAGGACAUUUUGACAUCCAAACUUUAAAAAAAUGUUGUUAUGUAUUUUAUAAAAACAGGUAGUAAAGCGUCACAGAAAAAAUGAUUUGGCCAGCUCAGGCAUCAAUGGUACACUUUCUAUUAUUUAUUUUAUUGUUGCUUUUCAACAGCGCUCAAUGGGGGCUAAAACUUUAAAAUGAAUAGCAAUCAACUUUAAAUAAACAAAAAAAGGAAUCCAUAAUCUGGGGAAAUGUUAAAACAUGUAGAUUAUGCUAAAUGAUAUAUAGCAAUGUAUAAUUUUUCUACAAAUAAUAUAUUGUACUACUAUUGCGCAACUCUGUUACUGUCAAUUCCUAUUGAUUGAUUGAAUUAUAGUAACAGGGUUGCAAAUCAAUGCUUAUUUUAGCUUUAUCAUUUAGGAAUUCAUGCUAGCUGCAGAAUGUAAUACUACUUUCAACGCAAGGACAAACUUAGUUAUUUACCUAAAGAAAGAUAACUUUUAAUUUAAUUUGUUUUAUUGUGAAGAUAUGAGUAACAGGUUUGAGUGGGUAAGAGCGCCACAGUUGUUCUAGACUGAAAGAAUACGAUAAAUAUGAAAAAUAAAAGAAAGGACUGAGCUUUGGUCUACACAUGGCAGUAGCACAUGGCUUGAUAAUGUUAUUUCCUCUGUGUCAUGUAACUGCAGUUUUUUUAACUUCCUCUCCCAAGUGGAAUAGAUUUGGGUAACAGGGUUGCGUGCAUGUUAGGGACACACCUUCAGUUUAUAAUUACUGUCAUUUAAAAUAUGUUAAUGAUUUAACAAACUGCUCUGACAAUUGCAAAAGACAUGUAUUAACACAAAAAUAGCAAAAAAUGUCAGGAACAAGGCUAUUUUAAAUGUUAAAUUAGACAUGCAAGUUGACCACCAAGAAGUAGGGACAAGAGAAAAAUAGAGGGUGUUUUAGAGCUAUUUGAUAUUUUAA